AUGGGCGCCGAUAGCCCAAUGUCGUCGCCCGGCAAGCCGCCCGCCCUCACGCGCGUGCCCUCGUGGCGCCGCUCCUCCUUCCUCAUGCUGCAGGAGGACCCCUACCCGCUCGCCUCCAAGGGCCAGGGCGCCCUCGCCUCGCUCAUCAAGAACAGGUCGACCACCUCGCUGCUGGGCGCCCGGCAGAGCAGCAGCCGAGACGGCUACGGCGGCGACGAGGAGUCCGGCAGCGAGUACGGCGGCGGCGGGGCCCACUGGGCGACCGACGACGAGGACGAGUUCGGCGACUACGGCCGCGACGAGCGGCGCAUGAGCGCCAUCCUCAACGCCCCGCACAUGCGCAGCAUGCGCCUCAUCGGCAACAGCAACCCGCGCUACCGCUGGGAGCGCUACUGGAAGACCGAGGCCGAGCUCAGGGCCAUGCGGAAGCCCAUCCGGCGGUACUACGAGCGCACAAACGUCCUCGUCCAGCAGUACCUCUACAUCGACCGCCUGCUCGACUCGAGCCUGCCGCACGACCUGCUCAACGAGUACAACGACAUGCCGCCCUGGGCCUUCCGCGGCGUCGAGAUCCCGCAGACCAUCUCGGAGGAGCCCUCGUCGGCGGGCACGCCCGUCACGGGCUCCACGCUGGCCAACAGCAGCAACGGGAACGGCAGCGGCGGCGGCGGCGGGCUGGGCCUGGGCUCCGGCGGCGACUCGUCGACGAGCCUGGCGGGCGCGGCGAAGAAGGUCAAGCGCACGCCCAAGGACAUCUACCGCCCGACCGAGACGUCGCCCCUGCUCACGCGCGUGCCCUCGCAGGAGGAGCUGGGGCCCGCGCACCUGGAGCAGCAGCCGGCGGCGCAGGAGCACGAGAUCCCCUGGCUCGAGGACGACGACGUCGACGCCGGCGCGCGCAUCGUCACCGUCGCCAUCUGGGUCAACUUCGCCGCCAACGUGAUCCUGCUCGCCGGCAAGAUCGCCGUCAUCAUCCGCGUGCCGUCCGUCUCGGUGCUCGCGAGCCUCGUCGACGCCGCGCUCGACUUCCUGUCCACCGUCAUCAUCGGCAUCACGACCUGGCUCAUCAGCCGCCAGGACAGCUACCGGUACCCGAUCGGCCGGCGCCGCCUCGAGCCGCUCGGCGUGCUCAUCUUCUCCAUCGUCAUGAUCACUUCGUUUGUGCAGGUCGCGCUCGAGGCAAUCCAGCGGCUGGCGUCGCCCGACCAUCAGAUUAUCGAGCUUGGCUUCGCGGCUAUAGCUAUCAUGCUGAGCACGAUCGUCAUCAAGGGCCUUUGCUGGGUCUGGUGCCGGCUUGUGAAGAACUCGAGUGUUCAGGCGCUGUACGUUUUACUUCACGUCUUCCGGGCAUCCGACGCCGCGACAGACGUCAUCUUCAACGCCGGCUCCAUCGCCUUCCCCAUAGUCGGCUUCUACGCCCGGAUCUGGUGGCUCGACGCCCUCGGCGGCCUGCUCCUCUCCAUGGUCGUCAUCUUCAACUGGGCCCAGACGUCGGCCCAGCACAUCAAGAACCUGUCGGGCUUCUCCGCCACGGCCGACCAGCGCAACAUCCUGCUCUACCUGACCAUGCGCUUCGCCAAGACCAUCAAGCAGAUCCAGGGCCUGCAGGCCUACCACGCCGGCGACAAGCUCAACGUCGAGGUCGACAUCGUCUUGGACGCGAGCACGUCGCUCAAGGACAGUCAUGAUCUGAGUGAGAGUCUCCAGUACGUGCUCGAGUCGGUGCCCAUCGUCGACAGGGCCUUUGUCCACGUCGACUACGCCACGUACAACCUGCCCACGCACAUGGAGCAGCAGGCGCGGUAG